AAACAAAAUUACCAUCACAACCAUCACCAUAAACAUCAAACAAAAAAAUUGAGCCGCAUCAUUGAAAAUAGUUUUCUUCUUGUGUUGAUCUCAUUAAUGAAACAAAAUUGAAACAAAAAGAAUGGCUGCAACUAAUCGACAACAACCGCAACAACAGCAACAAUCUUCAUCAUCAUCAAGACAAUCAUCAUCAUUAUUGUCAAAACAACAGCAACAAAGAAUUAUUGCACCAUCAUCAUUAAUAGCAAAUCAAAGUGAAAAUAUACCAACACCAGAAUGUUGUUGUUUUUCAGCACGUUUUGUCAAUUUAAUACUUUAUUUAUUUAAUUUUAUAUUCUUAUUCAGUGGUAUUUGUAUACUAUUAUUAACCGUUUUAUAUGGUCGUCCUGAAGUUAGUCGUUAUCUUGGUGAAACAACCAAAUAUCUACAAAAUAUUAUCAAUUUAAUGGAUAAUGGUCAUUUAGUGCAUAUUAUUCAUUAUACAAUGUUAUUCUGUGGUAUUGUUAUUAUCGUUAUUUCAUUGAUAAAUAUUUGCUUUGCAACAACAAUAAAUUGGUCAAAUAGUUCGGAUUAUUAUUAUUAUCAUCGUGAUCACCAUCAAUAUCAUCAUGGUGAAAAUCGUGGCUGUUGUUAUCAUCAAAAACAACAGCAACAACAACGAUUCAAUGAAAAUAAAUCAUUAUUACGUUAUGGUGACGGUAAUGGUCACAAUCAUAACGGAAUAUUAUUAACCGAUUCAAAUCGACAACAACAAGAACCAUCAUCAUUAUUUAUAUCCACAUCAUCAACAUCAUCGCCAUCAAAAUCUGCUUAUCUAAAUGAAUCAUUAUUAUUGGAUGAUUCAAAUGAUUUAGAUUUAUGUAUCGAUGAUCAUGGACAUCGAUAUUCAUCAUCAACAUCAUCAUCAACAACAGAUCAACAUCAACAAUCAUCAUCACAAAUUGAUGAUUAUAAUAAAAUGGAUCGAUCCAAAAUGAAACAUUCGAAUCGAAAAAAACAUUCAAAAUCAUCAUCAACAUCAUCAUGGUCACAUUUUGCCAAUUCAACAUUAAUACUUUGUAUUUAUAUAUUUAUACUGUUAUUUUUAUUUACCAUACAAUUGGUUAUUGGUUUAAUAUCGAUAAUAACUGUUAGUCCAGAUAAUGUUUUUAUAUCAUCAUCAUCGACAUCAUCAAAAUCAUCAAUACAGAAUGAUAAUUUUCUUAUAUCAAUACGUGAUUCAAUUAAUAUAGCCAAUUUACUAGUCAAUCGUGCUAAUGAAAUUGAACAACUAUAUCAAGAAUUUCAUUGUUGUGGUUGGAAUUAUUAUGAUGAUUAUGAAUAUUUAAGAAUUAUUGAUAAUAAUCAAAAUCAAAAUGAUGAUGAUGAUCAACAACAAUCAACAAUUAUUAUUGAUGAUAAUCGAAAUAAAACAAUACCAGUACCAGAUUUAUGUUGUAAAACAUUGAUACCGAAUUGUGGUCGAAGAAAACAUCCAAAUAAUAUUUAUUAUGAUGGUUGUUGGUCAAAAUUUGGUACAGAAAUGCGUGAUUAUAUUCUAAUGUUAGGUUGGACAGCAUUAGGUUUUGCUAUAAUUGAAUUAAUUGGUCUUAUGUUUGCUGUUUGUCAUUAUGUACAAAUUAUGUCGAAAAGUUGAAUGAUCGUCAUCAUCAUUACUUACUUUUACUUACUUAUCAUAGUCAUUGAUGGUAAUGAAGAUAAUCAUCAUCAUUUUUUCAAAAAGAAGAAGAAAGGAUUGUUAUUCAACAACAUCUGGUUUUUUUUGUUUCAUUCGUCUGG